UUGAUUGUUAGGAAAUGAGGUGGCUCAAGUUGAUAAUGUUGUUGGCAAUGAUAAUUCUGAUAUUGGUGGAAGUGGAAGCAGCAGAGGAGGAGGCAGGGUCGCUUCGUGGCGUGAGCCGUUUCCUGGCACAAAGGAGCAUCAAGUGCAACAAGUACCCCAAAAUAUGCCGAGCCAAGGGCAGCUCUGGCCCGAACUGCUGCAAGAAAAGAUGCGUGAAUGUUGGCACGGACAGAGUAAACUGUGGGAGAUGCGGGCAUAAGUGUAAGUUUUCGGAGAUAUGUUGCAAGGGGAAAUGCGUCAACCCUUUCACGCACAAGAAGCACUGUGGAGGCUGCGGCAACAAGUGCGGUCAAGGGACAAAAUGCAGCUUUGGAUUAUGCAGCUACGCUAAUUGAUUCACUAUUCAUUUGUUUUGUACCUAGCCAUUGCUCAGGCAUUGUUUCAUUUGUAAUUUUACUAACCACAUGCAGAUUUUGUGGUUUUAGUGAGGCUGAAAUUUAGUCAAAAUAAGAUUUAAGCACAA